AAAAAAACAAUGCUGUCGGUAACUUGUAAGGCUCCGGUCAAUAUUGCAAUAAUUAAAUAUUGGGGAAAACGUCAUGAAGAAUUAAUUCUACCCAUUAAUGAUUCAAUUAGUAUGACACUUGGCACAAACGAGCUUUGCGCGAAGACAACAAUAACUGCCUCAGAAAAAUUUCAACACAAUCGAAUGUGGCUCAAUGAUGAGGAAUUGCUUUUCGAGGAGGACUCUCGUCUUAUGCGCUGUUUAAAAGGAGUUCAACGUCUAGCGCAUAUUAAUGGUUCUCAAGAAGCUUCACUCUGUUGGAAAGUACAUAUUGCAUCGCGUAACAAUUUUCCUACCGCUGCUGGUCUUGCAUCAAGUGCAGCUGGUUACGCUUGCCUGGUAUAUUCCCUGGCACGUUUAUAUGGUAUCCCCCUUACUGAAGAAUUGACGACUAUAGCUCGACAAGGUAGUGGUUCUGCAUGUCGUAGUUUAUUUGGUGGUUUUGUUCAAUGGCACCGUGGAGUUCUUGAUGAUGGCAGCGACUCUGUCGCUGAACCAGUUGCAUCAGCCCAACAUUGGCCGAAUAUGCAUGUACUCAUUUUAGUCGUAAACGAUGAACGAAAAAAAACAAGCUCCACUACAGGUAUGCAACGUUCUGUGACUACAUCGCAGUUAAUUCAGCAUCGAGUUGAUAAACUAGUUCCGGAAAGGAUCGCGAAUUUAAAAAAGGCCAUAAAAGCUCGUGAUUUUCAAUCAUUUGCUGAGAUAACGAUGAAAGACUCAAAUCAGUUUCAUGCAAUCGCCUUGGACACUUAUCCACCAUGCGUUUAUAUGAACGAUGUGUCUCAUGCUAUAGUUAAUUUUGUACAUACAUACAAUAAAACUACGGGUACAGUGCAUGCAGCGUACACAUUUGAUGCUGGUCCAAACGCAUGCAUUUAUGUAUUAAAGGAAAAUGUUGCAAAGUUACUAGCAGCAAUUCAAAAAGUUUUCCCUACUGAUUCAAUAGAUACUGUUGAGUACUUACGGGGUCUUGCCGUUUCACCAGAAUCGAAUAUAGAAAAAAAUUCAGAUGGUGCAACCGACAAUUCAAUCCAUACAACUGCAGAACACAGAAAAGUUAACGGAAUGUUAAACGUUCAACCCAAAAACCUACUUAAGUAUAUAAUCCACACAAAGGUUGGGGAUGGACCAUGUCAAUUGAGUGACGAUAAUAGUUUAUUGAAAAAUGGACUACCAUUGUCCCACUAAUUGUUAAUUGCGGCGUUUAAGGCAAAGUGCUUCUAUAAAUACAGAAUUUUAUCAAAACUUAUGUCUAAUAGUUUUCAUCAAAUACACAAUUUUUUAUAUGA